AUGCUUAACGUUCCCUAUGGGGUGGCAGUGAAUGAUCAGGAUGAAAUUGCUGUGACUGAGCUCGGUAAUAACAGGGUUUCAGUGUUUAGUAGUGACGGUACCCACUUAAGAUCCUUUGGUAGGAAGGGUAAGAAUAAUGGUGAGUUCUAUUGCCCUACAGGGAUCGCUUUUGAUAGUAAUGGCAAUAUUGUAGUGGCAGACUCUUUUAACCACGGGGUGCAAGUCUUUGAUAGGAAUGGUAACUUUCUUAGUAUGUUUGGUGAAAAAGGAAGUCAUGAUGAACAGCUUGAAUUCCCUCAAGGUUUAUCAAUAAAUGGCAACGGUGAUAUUAUUGUUGCUGAUAAAGGUAACAAAUUAAUCAAGAUAUUCUCUUCUAGUGGGGAGUAUUCACGUAAAUUUGGUGGAGCAGGUUCUUUGGUCAAGCCCCAUCACUGUAUCCAAUACCGUCAAUAUUUCAUAGUCUCAGAUCGUGGUAAUUAUUCCAUUAAAAUGUUUAAUCUGGAGGGAAAGUUUAUUUCUAAAUUUGGAAAACAGGGAAUCAAAGAUGGAGAAUUUAAUGAGCCCCGUUACUUGUCAGUUAACAAAGAUGGAUUGCUUAUGGUCUGUGAUGAAAAGAAUCACAGAGUUCAGGUAGUUGAUCUGAGUGGAAAGUUUUAUACAAACUUUGGAAGUGAAGGUAGCGGGAGAGGAGAGUUUAAGUGUCCAGUGUCUACAGCAAAUCUUAGCGAUGGAAGAAUAGUUGUGUGUGAUAAGGAGAACAACCGAAUCCAGGUUUUUGACCAGUCAUAAUAUGAUCUUUCCAGUGGUAUUAUUGUUGAAACGUUCAAAUUGGCUUCUUUAUCUAGAAAAAGAAACCGUAACUUUCCGAAAAACAUCCUGAAUUCGUGAGCUAUUUGUCACUGUUGCCGGAUUGGGGGAGGGGGGGGAGUGCAUUAGGUUGUCCUCACGCGUAGUUUGUCUUUUCUGUGAAUGUAACAAUAAAUUAUAAAAUCGUGGCUGUAAUAAUAACUGUAAUAAUAGCUGAAGUGACAUUCAAAUUGUAAAUAUAAUUUUGUAAUCCUUCUUCAAAUAUAUCGAAUAGUCUCAUUUAAUUGCCGAUCAGGGGUAGUUUAAUAAGGUUGUUCAAUUUUUUGGUAUCAAAAUUGUUUUGUAUGUUGUACACCUUUUCAUUUUCUUUCCAGCAGUUGCUAGUUGUUAGCUGGUGUAUUUUUGAAGUAUUUCUCCCGCGCCCUUAGCUCAAGUACCAUUUGUUUUUCUCGUCAGGAUCUUCAGGUCCGUUAAAUUAUAACAUAUAUAAUAUAUUUACAGAAUUGUAUAACGCUUUGUUGAAAAUGCAUUAAAGGAUAAUCAAAUAUGAGGAAUGCUUUCUUUCUUCAAAUUUAUCGUUGUUAAUGAGACCGUCAUGUGUUGACGUUAAAACGUACCAGUUUACUUCAUUCAAGUGUAAAAUAAUGUAUUUAGCACGCUUGUACUAAUUGAGAACACUAUUUUUACGUCUCUUCUCGGAGAAUAGACCAUCAUUAUGUCCAGUGAUCAUCCGAGCCGCGUAUAGGUCAACUGAGCAGUUUGUAGGAUUGCAAGGCAACAGUACAGUCGAACCCCUCUUUAAUCAAAAAACCGAAAAAUCAUCUUUCGCCGAUUUUUUCACCUGAUUUUACAUUAAAGGGGCUGUGUCACGGCAGUCCAGUUCAUUUUGUUUAAUUUUGCCAAUUACUCGCCCUCAAUCGCUAUGGAACUUAAAGUAGGCAAGGAAAUUACAAGGAAAUGACAAAAUCAGAGAUUCGAGACAAACAAAUAAGUCUCCUGAGCAUUAUUUUUGAAGUUGCAAACAGCAGAGAUCAACUUUGAAAAACUGUUAGGCUGAACAGUUUUCAAAAACCCUGAUUUCAAUUUGUUUCAGUCUUCUUCAGUUUUGCCCAUCCGUGGUAUCUGUUGUUUCUGUUAUGUUAUUUUAACCGUCCUUUAAUGUUUUAAGCGGUUAUUUUUACGUUCCUCUCAAUUUAACGGGCAUUUUGCAAUUACCUAAUUUGGCUGAAUUUCGUGACACAGCUCCUUUAAAUAGCCAGAUUUGGUUAAUUUAUGAUGAAAAGUGGAUUUUUGUCAAAUCGCUUGGUACCUUUGCUUGAAGACAAACUCAUAGUACUUUGGUUGAAGAUACCUCAUUUUUUGUCCCUGGCAAAAAAAAGCCCUUACACAGUUUUCUCUUAAUUCAAACCCCUUAAUAAGGACACUUUCGUCUCAUUCCAAUCUUUUUUCAAGAAGACUAUCGGCAGCCGCUGUUUAGACCUACAAAAGCAAAUUUACCGUUUGCUUUCUACAUAGUUUCCAUUCGGACCCAAAUGAUUUCUAGAUAAAACAGGGCGUGGCUGGUCGCGUAAUGCAGUUAUAAACAAUUUUUCAAAUAAACUUUGAAGAUUUCUUAGCUAUUGUUAGUAUUAGACCUGGGAUACCGUAAAAUUCCGAAAAUAAGCCCCGGGGCUUAUAUUUUUCAAAGGCCCUUUUUGAGGAGUUUAUUUUUGGAAGGGCUCAUCUACGGAGGGAAAGAUGCGUUUCAAUAUCGAUUGGGCUAGCCUUAUAGUUGGAAGUAAAUUUACCAUUUUUGCUUUGUUUUACUUUGUAUUUGAGAGCAAUUUUCCUAGUACAAGCCCCGGGAGGCUUAUAUUUGGAGGGGCGAUUUAACGGAGGGUUUUCGCGUUACCGGAUUGGGGGGCUUAUAUUUGAAGGGGCUUAUACAUGGAAGGGCUUAUUUUCGGAAUUUUACGGUAUCAUAAAAAAAGAAAAGUUACAUGUGACCACUUUCCUUCAAAAUUCUGAGGAAUUUGUAAAGAACCAAGCCUUAAUCAAUUUGAGCCGUCAGGUGCUUUGAGAUUGGUCAAAAUUUGCUAAAUGAUGUACACGUGGACAUGUGCUCUAUCCUCGCCGAUAUUACUAAUUACCAUCUUAAUAGCUGGAAUUGAAAGCCCAAGGGGUCCAGGGAGAAUAAUAUGCAUGAGUCCAUAUGGACCCAAAACGACCAAAGCAGACGACAAAGAGUUUUAUUAAGCAAUAGACUACACUUUCUAUGGGCUUACCGGCGUGAUAAUCCUCUCGGCUCGUGAUUUACAAGCUUUUCGAGUGUUCUCCAAACAUCCCGCGUGGGUUUUCACGCCGGUAAACCCAUAGAAAGUGUGGUCCAUUGCUUUUAUAAAAUAACUUAAAGUUUUCUAUGAGUUUACUGGCACAAUAAACCAUAGGUUUUUAACCAAUCAGAACGCGCGUGCUAUCUUCGUUAUUCUAUAAAGGUAGAUAUCUGUUAAAACACUUCAGUUCAGGGCAUGUGCUACAAGCUGUACGCAAGUAAAACCUGCGUAGCAAGUGGAUGAAGGGGAGGAGAGAAAAAGAACAUGGGAGCAGAUAAGGUUCUCUCCCCUCUCCUUUCCUCUUGUCCUUAUCUUAUCUUAUCUGUUAGCAAUAUAGGGUUCCUCAUUUCAGGAGUCUCCUUAAUCCCCUCUAUAAUCCCCUCCCCUCCCCUCUAUAAUCCCAUCCCCUCCCCUCUCCUCUUGUCCUUAACUUAUCUUCAGUCUGUUUCGCAAUAUAGGGUUCCUCAUUUAAUCCCCUCCCCUUCUCUCUACCCGUCCCCUUUUUAUGUUCUCCAUACAGGUUAACCCUAUGGUAUCCUUGAGCAAUGGUUACUUGUCAGGUUAUCGUUUCACCUUAACUCUUCCAUUUCUAGUUCUCUAUUUUUGUUUGAAGGUAUCCAUAUAGGUCGUAUAGAUCGAGGGUCUAAUCGGUCUUCGCUUACAAUACCUUGGGCCUUUGUCGUCCAAUAGUUAGAGACGAGCUGUAAUGAAUUUUUAAAAUUAUUAUUUAUAAAUGAUGAGCGAUUUUGUGUAGGACUCCUCUAAGGUUCCAUCAUGGCUGAGUGUUCAUAGCAGUUUAGUUCCAGACUUCGUUGUUACAGAUCCAAAGGUACAAGCUUAAUUACUGAAUAAUUAUCAGCUACUAUGAGUUUUGCAAACAACGUUUUUUCACUCUAAAAUGAGGAAUUUUAUAACAAUUCCUAUUGAAUAGGUUAUCGUAGUGGAACUGAAGAGGCUACCGUAGCAAAUUGACUUUGAAAUACACAUAACUACUCGAAGAAAAACACGUACUUCCAUCAGAAGAAAAGCUUAAAUAGGAACAUCAGUUCUCAAACUCAUUAAUAAUUCAUUAAGAAAAUACAAAGGAAAUUAAUGUUUAAUGAGUGUUUAGAAAUCGGAUGAAACACUGCUUAGUAUUUGCAUCCUUAAUUUCUCCUUCAAAAAUGAUUUUGUUUGAGAAGAAAUAUCAAACAUUCGACACAGUGUUUCAUCACCAGAUGAAACACCUCGAAGUUCGUCAAAAAUACUCCGCUGCUCGUCGUAUUUUCAACUCUCUUCUCGGUGUUUCAGCUGGUGAUGAAACACUGCAUCUCAUGUUUGAUAUAUUACUUCCUUAACAAUGGAACGUCACUGGCCACAACUAGUCCUAAAUAAGAAAUUUGCGACUAUGUCGGAGAGAAAAUUACCGUCACAUAUUGAUCUUGGUCUUAUUUUAUUAUGAUAAGUUCGCGCUCAAUUUCCAUUGUCCUUACCACGAGUAGCGAGGUCGCUGGCCGCAAAAAUUCCCUUGCAAGACGGCUUAGUCAUUGCAAAGCCCUCUCGUCCGACAGAAAAGUACAUUCUGACUUCUAUUUUUGUUUCUGUAGAAAGCCAAGGAGAUAACAGGAGCGGAGUUUAGUACACCAAUCACUCACACAAGUGAUGGCACCCUUGCUAGCCUCUUGCGAUAGCCAAUAAAAGCGGUGUUCUCUCCAAAACUGUCCCAGAGUUCAAUUCCUUUUUGUAUCGUCCCAGGCUCCUCAAGCGUGAAGUCCAAAUGAUCAAAUCAGGACACUGCAGGUGUUUUCUGGGAGCGCAUACUAGAAUUCGCUCUGUUUAAUAUUGUUACGCUCCUGACUGUUUGCGAAGAUCGUUGGAACCGUUUAUAACUGUUACUCUACAGAGGCGUCCGCCUGUUAGAGAGUGAUGGUAGGAGACCAAUUAAUAUUUCCAGAGUUUAAAUGAGCUCUUAGUUUGCUUUCACAAUCACACACAGGCAGCUACACACUUUGCGCGGCUCGCUUGUUCGAAAUUGCGCCUGCGCUUAUUGUAGGCCCUGUGUCACCUGAUAAAGUAGCUCGCCGCUGGUCCCUUGCUCUUCGUCACCAGUCACUCGCGUUUCGCGCUCGCCUCUAUGAAAUACCAUGGGAAGAACGAAGUGGCUAGGGAGGAGCUGAGCUCGCCGUGAAUCAAAUUACGAUUACGAUUAAAAAAACUGGAUUCGAACUCUUGCUGAGCUUUGUCAUUAGCCUUCUUCUCUUUUUUCAUUCAAUUAAUGUUACUCUUUUUCCGCAUGCUUUAGUCAAAAACUGAAGUGCAUCUAACAGUGAGUGGCUUUUUCUAUACUAAAAUGACAGGUUAAGUAAAGAAAAGAAACUUUCGUGCUGGUGAACCUUUCUGGAACAGUUUUUAUCAAAGAAAUCGCCAAAUUUGGGGUGUAGUAUUACGUAUGUGUUAGUUACACAUGCAACGGAAACGAAAACAAAGUUUUGAGCGUUUCAUCAGACAUCAAGGAGUUAUUGGGUUACUUUUCCUUCUCAACUUUCCUCUUUCUGAGUUCGGAUCAGUUUGGAACUUACAGCUACCCAAUUUAGAGGUUAAGGUGGCAGUUUUUUUACCGUAUUUUCCAGCCUACGAAAUGACAUCAAAUUUUGACACCAUUUUAGACAAACCCCGCUUAGCUGCACAAUAAAAUACUACAAUAAAAUUGUAGCUAUAGCCUAUUUCAAAUCAAACACUUCCAAAGAUAAAGACACUAUAUGCGACAAUCAUUUUUUGUUAAAGAUACUGUAGGAGAUGUAGCCUGUGAACAGGCUCUCUGUUUGGGGAAAAAAUCGCGAGGAGAGGGAAGGGAAAGGGGAAAAGAGGCCCUUUCGUUUUUCCCUCUCCCCAGUUCCCCGCUCGACUGAAGGCCUGUUCACAGACUACGGGAGAUGUGAUUUGAUUGGAUGUGUUUCAACCCCUCUGUGGUUGGAAGUCUAAGCUUGGCCAAAAGGCCCACAGAAGCUUAAGAAUUAGUAAAAAUUUUCUGCAGCUACCUUUGUUUCUGGAGGAUUUUGUUGCGCAGUAUCUGAGGAGACUUGACCGAAGGUUGAUUAAUGUAUUUGCUGAAAACACUCAGAUUAACGAGCACUAUCUUGGAAAAAAUUUGAUGGGAAAUAAAUCCGUCCUCCAUCCUGUAAAAUAAAAGAUGGCGAAAUGGCGCGUUUUGUCUUCCGCGUGGCUUUUUUGAUUCUGAUUUUGGACCAACCGGGACUUGCUUUCCCAGUUUAAUCUGUCCAAGAAUUGUACGCGUGUGUAACGUGCUGAGUGUUCUGGUGUUUACAAAUACAAAAAAUUUGCGUAGUCCAUUCUUUUAUAUAAGCCUGCGUAGGAACUUUUUCCGAACCAAUUUAUACUAGGGAGAGAACGCUCUUUCAAAGAGCUGAUUAACAAUUUUAGGAAAUACAGGAUGUUAUUUAUUUUUCCGUGACACCAUCAAAACAUGUCAAGAAACUCUAUUUGAUUGGCUAAUAAUACAGAGUUUAGUAUGGAUCACAAUACAAGACUUAAUUGUUCAUUCUCAUUACCAUUUCCUUGAUCGUCAACAACCAACUAGGCCAAAUUUCUUAAAAAGUAACCUUGUUUCCGACCUUUUCCAUGGAUAUAAAGACCUUGCUGGACAAUCUUCAUGAUGAAGUAUCUUGUUCUGUGUGCAUGUGUCCAUUCACUGAUCCAAAGCAGUUGCCUUGUUUGCACAAUUUCUGUCUUCACUGCCUGAACGGAAUUCAACGAACGAGCGGCGUCCGUGAUAAAAUUACGUGCCCCGAGUGUAGGAGACAGUUUCAGAUUUCUGGAAGUGGAAAUCCCAGCGAACUUCCCACCAAUUUUCGAAUAAACAGCCUGCUAGAUGUCUUGGCAAUUAAAGAGUGCAGUGCAGUCAACGUAAAAUGCAGAAACUGCGACAAACGAAGCGCCCAGACCUUAUAUUGCUUCCAGUGCUGUUCCUUCUGGUGUGAAGAAUGUAUUGUAGGACAUAACAUAAUUCGAGAAAAUAAAGAUCACAGAACGCUAGCGCUGAAAGAUUUUCAAGAUCAAGACAUCAAAGCUGUUUUAGAGCGACCAGCAUUUUGUCAGAAGAAACACCAUGAAAACAAAGAGUUGGAGUUCUUUUGCGAGGGCUGUAAAGUCGCCAUUUGCAACACUUGUGCCGUAACGCUUCAUGAAGGUCAUGGUAAGAUGCCCUUGCAAGAAGCUACUGAUGAACGCAAAACACAGAUCAACUCCAUGAUUCGAUCUUUGAAAGACAAAGUAGUGGAAAAACAAAGAGAAGUCGAACAAUUCAACCAAAGAAGCAUGGUAUUUCAAUGGAAAGUAACCGAGGUAAAAAGCCAAGUGCAGUCUUGUGUAGACCAAAUUAUUGCAAUCAUCGAAACGAGAAAACAAGAUGUUUUUGAUGCAGUCGAUAAUCAAGCGACAAAAUCACUGGAAUCUCUCUCACAGAAAAAAGAAGAAGUGGAAAGACAGUUAAAACGAAUUGAAUCCGCAAUUAAACAAACUGAAACUCUGUUGCAACGCAGCUUUAGCACUGAAAUCCUUGGAUUCAGUGAAACAUUUGAUUCAAUCCUGCAGGAACAGAGCACCCAAGAAAACCGUGACACUGAAUGUAUUCCUCGGUUUAGUUUCACUAAAAGUGCAAAACUGAUUAACUUGUUGAGCAUGAGCGAGGGUAUAGGUAAUGUAGAAUUUGUUUUUAGCGAACCUAAAGCGCAACAAUCAGGAGCUAAAGGUAAAGAAAGUAGUAAAGUAAUUGCUGGGAUUAAAGGGGCAAAUGUUCGUGACAGUCCUCUUGAGACUCAGGUACAAACCAGGCGCUUCAGAUCUGUGCUGUCAUUUGGACAAAAAGGUGAGUCUGUUGGAAUGCUUAAGGGGCCCUGGGGGGUGGCAGUGAAUGAUCAGGAUGAAAUUGCUGUGGCUGAUACCUGGAACCACAGGGUUUCAGUGUUUAGUAAUGACGGCACCCACUUAAGAUCCUUUGGUAGGAAGGGUAACAAUAAUGGUGAGUUCCAGAACCCUUCAGGGAUCGCUUUUGAUAGUCAUGGCAAUAUUGUAGUGGCAGACUGUUUUAACCACAGGUUGCAAGUCUUUGAUAGGAAUGGUAACUUUCUUAGUAAGUUUGGUGAAUAUGGAAGUCUUAAUAAUCAGCUUCAAUACCCUCGAGGUUUAUCAAUAAACGGCAACGGUGAUAUUAUUGUUGCUGAUAGCAAAAACAAAUUAAUCAAGACAUUCACUUCUAGUGGGAAGUAUUUACGUAAAUUUGGUGGAGCAGGUUCUUUGGUCGAACCCUAUCACUGUAUCCAACACGGUCAAUAUUUUAUAGUCUCAGAUCGUAGUGAUCAUUCCAUUAAAAUGUUUAAUCUGGAGGGAAGGUUUAUUUCUAAAUUUGGAAAACAGGGAAACAAAGAUGGAGAGUUCAAUCAGCCCCGUUGCUUGUCAGUUAACAAAGAAAGAUUGUUGAUGGUCUGUGAUGCAGAAAAUGCCAGAGUUCAGUUAUUUGAACUGAAUGGAAAGUUUGUUACAAAAUUUGGAAGUGAAGGUAGUGAGAGAGGAGAGUUUAAGCUUCCAGUGUCUACAGCAAAUCUUAGUGAUGGAAGGAUAGUUGUGUCUGACUUCAGUAACAACCGAAUCCAGGUUUUUGACUGA